AGGACCAGGGGAGGAGGAGAGGUUCCCCAGAGGAGGAGGACUAGGGAAGAGAAAGGGUUUCUCCAUGGGCUGUCCCGGUGAGGAGCGUGGUGGUGGGGGUCCAGAUCCCUCCUCUUCCUGUAUAGAGCACCCAGUUCAGAUGGACUACAGACCAGACCUCCUGGACCUCAACCAGAGACCCUCCAACAUCAUCAUGUUACGCAUGCUGCCACCCAACGCUACUGCCAACGAGAUCCGUGCCCAGCUUCAGGACCAGGGGAUUGACCCAACAGAGGUUAUGAUUCGCCUGAUGACAAACAAGUCUUCAGGUCAGAGCCGUGGAUUCGCCUUCGUGGAGUUUAAUCACAUACAGGAGGCCUGUCGCUGGAUGGAGACCAAUCAGAUGGUUCUGUCUGUCCUAGACCAGAGGGUGUCUAUGCACUACAGUGAACCUAAACCACGGGCCAACGAGGACUGGCUCUGUAACAAGUGUGGGGUUCAGAACUUCAAGAGGAGAGAGAAGUGCUUCAAGUGUGGUGUUCCCAAGUCAGAGGCAGAGCUGAAACUGCCCCAGCUGAGUGAGUUACCCCUGGGGGGGCAUCAGAUGGAUGGUGCCCAGGGAUUACUGCCCCUCCCUGCCCUUUACCAGCCUGCAGCUGCCACCUCUACUGCCCUCACCAAGGCCGGGGCAACUAAUACACAACAGCCUGAGGUGGCCAACGACACUCUGAUCCUGAGGAACCUGGGUCCCCAUACCUCCCUGGAGUCCAUCCUGUCCACUCUGGCUCCCUUCGCUACUCUGUCUCCUUCUAAUGUUCGACUGAUCAAAGAUAAGCAGACACAACUCAACCGGGGCUUCGCUUUCCUACAGCUGUCUACUAUAGUGGUGAGGAGAUACCUACAGCUGUCUACUAUAGUGGAAGCAUCUCAGCUGCUCCAGAUCCUGCAGGCCUUACAGCCAACUCUCUCUAUAAACGGGAAGGCCAUCUCUGUCGAGUUCGCCAAGGGAUCCAAACGGGAUGUGUUUCUGACUGAUGGUAGUAGAGUGAGUGCUGCUACAGCUGCCAGUACAGCCAUCGCUGCUGCCCAGUGGUCUGUUACCCAGAAGGCCCAGUCCCUGUCCUCUACCUUCCGGCAUGGUGUGGAUGUGGGGUUGUACCACCAGGGGGCAGCAGUAACCCUGGGAGUCUGUGAAGAAGAGGAGAACCUGGACUACAAGUCCCAGACAGUGGUAACAGUGGUCUCGUCUGAGGCUGUGGUUUCUGGAGUGGACGGCGUACAGCUGUCUUUGGGACAAUCACAAUCUCCGCUCAUCACUACGGCAACCACACAGCAGGUAGAGAUAGUGGGUAAGCCUCAGCCUCCUACUCCCACCCACCCUGCCACCCCCGGAACUGCACACGAGUACCAACAAUACCCGGUCCCGGACGUGUCCACCUACCAGUAUGAGGAGAGUUCUGGCUUCUACUACGACCCUCUAACUGGACUCUACUACGACCCCAAUUCACAGUACUACUAUAACAGGGUCACUCAGCAGUAUAUGUACUGGGACGGAGAGAAGCAGACAUAUAUUCCAGCUCCCGCCCAAUCAACUGAGACUGUUGUUGCCCCCGGUGAUAACACCGCCCCCUCUAACGCCCCCUCUGCUGCCCUCGGGGGCAAGGAGAAGAAAGACAAGCCCAAAAACAAGACAGCACAACAGAUAGCGAAGAACAUGGAGCGUUGGGCUAAGAGUCUGAACAGACAGAAGGAGAACGUUCGCUCUCUCUCCUCUUCCUCCUCCGUGACCCCUGUGGCCUCUAUGGCUCUUUCCCCUGGUGACACCUGGGCUCCUGGACUCGGUCGCCAUGACGACCGCAGAGAGUCCGCCAGCGCAGACGCCGGAUAUGCUGUCCUGGAGAAGAAGGGGGCGUUGUCUGAAAGAGCUCAGAUCAUCCUGGACCAGCUCAGACACACAGACCACAGAGAGCGCUCCCCUCCUCAGGUGCAGGGUUUGGUGCCGGCCUACAAUGGAGAGACGGACAGCGAGGGAGAGGAAGGAGGAGAGAAGGAUGAGAGGAUGACAGACUGGGCUAAGCUAGCCUGUCUGCUGUGUAGGAGACAGUUCCCCAACAAGGAGGCUCUCAUACGACACCAGCAGCUCUCAGAGCUACACAAGCAAAACCUGGAACAGAGGUCGUCUCAGCAGGAGGGGGGAGCUGCGGAGAGGAGGGAGAGAGGUCUCCCCACCGAACCACCAGACCCCAAGAAGAGGAAGUACAGCCCCCUUGAUGGUACGGCUGGCAGUAGUCUAGGUGCCAGGAUGCUGCAGGGAGGGGUGAAGAAUGGCCUGCUGCUACGUAACAUGCAAGUGGACUGACCUCUGACCUCUAGCCCCUGACUGUUAUCCCGCUCCAGGGUGAAGUUUCCCCCUAGGUCUGUACAGAUCUUGGAUCAACUUCCCCUCCCGAAUCCUAAUCUAUUUUAUAAACACUUUUUACCCCUUUUCCGUUUGUUUCGUCAACUCCCGUACGGACUCUGGAGAGGCGAAGGUCGAGAGCCGCGCGUCCUCCGAAACACGACCCAACCUAGUUGCACUGCUUCUUGACACAAUGCCCACUUAACCCGGAAGCCAGCCGCACCAAUGU